AUGAGCCGCUUUCUCAUGUGGCUCGUAUUCCAAGGAUGCAUUGUCGCAGAUGCAAGACGGUCUCUGAUGGUUACACACGCCGAAGACUACAAGGACGAAUCUUUGGCUGUGUUUGGAGAAGCAGAAGCUCUUACAAUUGCUUUGUUUGAUCCUCUCUUCAGCUACAUGUCUGGAUCAAAGACUUGUGGCAAAUGGUCAGUCGUCCUCAAAGCUAAUGAACAAGCAGAAAGUUACGUGAAGUGCAAGCAAACAAUUCACAAGGUUGAUUCCGAAUUCCAAUCUGCGAAGACUUUGAAGAUGGAUGAUGUUUCAGAUCCUAGAGUCAUGUAUUCAAGAUCUUGA